AUGGGAUGUAAGACGGAAAUAAGCAAAAGACUUGGGAUGCAAUUGAGAACCAUAUAUAAUAUUCUAGAAAGAUAUAAUAAAGAAGGAACUGUUGAAAAUGAUAAGAGAAGUGGGAAACCCAAGUCACUUUCAGAUAGAGAUAAACAUGCUUUAGUGAAAAGUGGAAUGAAGUCAUAUUCAGUGAUGAAUCAAGAUUCAUUGUAUUUGACAAAUGACUCCCAAAAUUGGGCUUGGAGACAACCCCAUGAGAAAUAUAAAAUUGAUUGUUUAGUACCUAAGGUUGCUCACUCACCUGGAAUGAUGGUAUGGAGAUGCUUUACCCAAGGUCAAAUUGGUCCACUUAUAAAUUUGAUGUUAACGUUACAG